GUUAAAUUGCUGUGAGCUGUGGAGGGCCGGCGGAGCAGAGUGGCAGCAGAACCGACUGUGGGCGGAGAGUGAGGAAGUGCGGUCAACGGGAGAGGAAUUUAAAGUCUCAUUGUUCUGGAAGAGCGGCGGCAGACGGAGUCGAGGAGCCAAGGAGACAGCUCGCCGACGGACGUUGGACUACAUGGACGUGAACUCAGCCAUGGAGAAGAUGUCUAUAAAGCAGACUGCAGGAGGUGCAGGAGGAGGAGGACGUGCAGCAAUCUGUCUCAUAUGUAAGGAGAGCUGCUCUGGUUUUCAGCCACAUACUUGGAGAAAAGCCUGCACAGUGUGUGGCUGCAGCACGGUCGACCACGCUCCUGGAAAUGACCUUGAAGACGACCAGCGAAUAGGACGCCUGCUCGCAGACUCGCCCUGCUCCCAUUUGACAGCGAAGAUUAAAGGAGGUGGUGGCCUUCGCAUGUACAAGAGAAACCGAAUGAUUGUCACCAAUCCGGUGGUGUCACGCAAAGACCCGACCUUCAACACCACCACAUAUGACUGGGCUCCUGCCGGCCUCAACCAGAAACUGGCCAUGCAGUACAUGGAGCUCCUCCCAGAGAGUCAGAGGCCAGUCUCAGGGACUGUUGGAGCGCUGGAGCGACGCAGGCAGCUCCUCAUCCAGCUCCCCGCCUACGAUCAGGACCCCAUGAAGUGUCAGAGCCUGGCCAGUGAGGAGGAGAUUUCCUCCAUGCUGCUGUUUGUGAAGCAGUACAAACAGGAAGUGCUGGGAGUAGGAGAGGUGGCCUUACCCGGUGAGGGUGAAGCUUUGAGGGAAGCAGCCAUUCAGAGGACAGCAAAGGAGGUGAAGGAACACAGCAGCAGCAAUAAGAAGGAUGCUCCUCAGCAUCAGGAUCACGGUUCAUCUAACAGCAGUGUCGCCUCCCCCACAAAUGGGACAGAAUACAACAACAAGACUGAAUAUCAUUGCACCGGCUGCCAAGGUGAAGUUACCAAGGACAGUCCUGCAGUAUAUGCAGAGCGUGCAGGUUACCACGCUGCCCUGUGGCAUCCCAAGUGCUUUGUAUGUUCAGAGUGCAGCCAGAUGUUGGCUGACCUGGUCUACUUCUGGUCCAAUCAGAAGCUGUUCUGCGGACGACACUAUUGUCAGACACAGUGGCCACGGUGCUCGGGCUGCGACGAGCUGAUUUUCAGCCAGUCUUUUCUCACGGCGAAGGACGGACAAGCAUGGCAUCCUCAUCAUUACUGCUGCUGGAAAUGCGGGCAAACCCUGGAUACACCCUGUCAGCACUGAGUCACCAUGUGUAGGAGUCACUACAAAAUGUGGUGUUCAAUUUUAAGUUUAAAAUAAAUAAAUAAAUCAACAAAUCUAAAACCAAAUCAAUAAAAUUAGUGCAUCUGUUUUCAUAUAAAAGAAAAAAAUGGUAUAGUUUAAAUACGCACUGGGGCUAAAAGUCUUUAAGUCAUAUGUUCACUUGAUAGUUUAGCAAAUCUUCUUUCCUACAAAAACACAGCAGCAGAUUUACUAUAGUUUGAAAUACUUCAGGUGAUAUUGAUGUGAACUGACUUAUUCAGAUUACUGGUAUUCCAAAUUUUUAAGGAGUUGUUUGGUUUAUACAAAAGUGCUUUAAGUACUUCAGCAAACAUUUUGUUGAUGUAUUGGCACUUAUAGCACUGACAGUAACAGGAAACAGAUGUUCUGCAUUUAGCCUGCAACCUUACAAAAACCCAGAGCUGAAUUUCAGCAAAAAAAUGAAGAAACUACCCAGUAACUGAAGAAUGUUGAAGUUAACAUGAGUAAGUAAAUAACUAAAUAAAAUGCCACCUUGUCCUGUUUGAGAAAACUUUGUAUUCUCACUCAUUUUCAUGAGAGACUUGUUGGUGUGUUUUUUGCAGAUUUGAGUCAUGUGUCUUUAGUUAAACUUCAUCUGGUGAGGUCAGUAAUUAUUUUAAAUUGUCUCAAAUCAUGGAUGUUGAUUCCUCUGGAUUUUUUUUCUUAGCACAAACUGUUCUCCUCUGGGUGAAAUAUUCAUAAUUUCAAAAUAUGUGCUUGUGUUGAAAAAUAUUUUUUUGUGUUUUGUGUUGUUGACCUUGUAAUUCAGCCGGGGUAAGACUGCUGCAGUCAUUAAACUAUUGGAGCGUUAAAACAGGGUCAAGGGGCAGAACAGUGUGUGAAAACAGUGUGAAGCAGCCCUACUCGACACUGUUGUAGUUUGUUUUUUUUGAAGGUUUACACUGAAAAAUUAUUUUGUUAUAAAGUCAUUUCUGCCUGUGUUCGAACCCCUUAAAGUUUUAUUUUCUCAGAAAAAACGAGUCUGCACCUUUGUGCAAAAAUGAUAUUUGUUUUUCAUACGAAGUAACAAGGAACUGUUUUUUUUGUUUUUUUUAAUAUAUUCUACUUUAACAGUCAUCUUUAAAUGUGUUGAUGCAUGCUCAAUCAGCCAGGUAAAUAAAUCCCAGAAGGUUGUUUCUGUUCAUCUGGAUGUAGCGUUUUCAGUUGGAGAAACUGAAAACGCACUUAGAAGUCACUUGGAUGAGUGACAAAAUGUUUCUCCCACUGAAGUCCAGAUGAACAGAAUCAGCCUUUCGGGAGUCAGCUUAAACUUCCUAAACUGACAGUAAUUUAUAGAAAACUUGGCAGUUGAAUGAAAAAAAAAAAAAUGAUCAGUUGAAAUAAUUUGAUCUUAACUUUAUCUUAAUACCAAAUUAACAAAGGGUUAUCUAACUUACUAACUUAUCUAACUAGGUCAGGUUUUAACUUUACCUGUUAGUUUUGGACUGAAGCCUUGUAAAAACUGGACAGGCAUAAGGCUGGAAAGAGGUAGCACUGAUUAAUACAAUAAAAUGUAAAAAAAACAAAAAAAAACAGCUGGAUUAAAAAAAAAAUCUACAGCAGAUUUUAGUUAAGUUUUUCAUAAUCACGAUUUUAGUAUUGAUUUAAAUAUCUGCUAAUACUAUAUAUGUAAUGUUUUUGUUAUUUUUAUUCUUUCUCCAUGUUGUGUUAAAUGUGUUUGAUUUCAAGAAACUGCAAACUCAAUAAUCAUUUAACCUCUUAUAAAUUUAAGUUUCUGCUGCUGCUAAAUGCUGCUUUAUGCUGUUCCUAAUAAUUAGUCCCUCUUUUUCGUAUAUAUUUUGAAAACUUUAUAAAUGUAAACAUUUUUUGUGACAAUUUUAGUUUAAACUGAGAGGACACUACUGGAGGUCAAAGCUGCAAAGUUAGUUGGCCAUGUGUUAAAUUCAGCAACUGCAUUUUAAGUCCAUUCAAGGUUAAAAAAACAAUGAGCGGGAAAUAGGAUUUUGUGACAUUAAAGUCAGAAAUAUAUCAGAAAAAUCUCUCUGACAUACAGUAGUUUACAGAUAAAACCCAAAUCCUAAAUUUCUCUUUUUUGGGAUUUGUUUUUCUCUUUUCAUGUAGGCUACAACCAGCUAGCAGAGUAGCACUAGCUAACAUUUUGCCUUUAUGUAUUUUAUCAUUUAACUGCUAGCAGUAUUGCUUGAGUUGAUGUAGCAUAUAAAUAAUAGACAGUACUGUCAAUACUAAAUACCAAUUCCACUCACUGAUUCCAAUAGCAGCAGUAGUAGUAGUAGUAGUAGUAGUACUAUUGUAAUAGCUAACGUGUUUAGCCUAGCAUGGUGCAAAAACUGGAAGCUGAGGGAAGCUGUUGGCCCAACUCGGUUAGUCAUUACACCUCUGAAUUUUGCAGAAAAAUAAGAUGUUAAUCUUUCUCUGGAUAAAUGAGCAACAAAUAUUUAUAUAUAAAAAAAUUAUGCUUUAUCAAGUAAAUAAAGUUAUAAAGAUAUGAUGAAAAAGUGAAAGCCCACUAUGUUUAAUGCUGUUUUCAGUUAAAUAAAAUAAAUGAAUAAG